CGUGUGUUUUGUCUCAGCCUCUUGUAAGAAACGAAAAUUCCAAUGGCUCUCUAAUGCCACUUGACUUACGCUAACUUUGCUAAUGAUCAAACGUGUCUUUCUUUUUCAGUGUGCGGCUCACUUUGUUGUGAUGCAGAAUGUCGCUAGGGUACUAAAUAUAUUACUAGUACUAAUAAAUGGCGUGGUUGUUUGUGAAUGCUAUUUUAAGUACUACUACAAUGGCACUGCUACUUCAUGGUUGUAAAUGAAGUUGUAUGAUUUUAUGUACAAUAUAGAAAGAAAACAGAUGGAAAUAAAGCUCGUAACAUUUAGAUAUAACAGUUUAAUGGUGGUAAUACUGACUGGUACGGUGGUACUCGCUGGUAGUACUACCCUUCUUUGACUGGUACUGUGGUAGUGGUAUACGAAACAAGCACAUUUCAUUUCCUGUAUUAUAUGCUAUAUUGCUGUAGCUUGUGAAGCUCAUGAAACUAAUUUUUAAUUAAAGCUGAGAAGGUCGACAGAACGUACAAUGCAUUUCUUGGUAUAUUUUGGAUAAAAUUAUGAAGUCAUGUUAUUGUUAAUAUGCUACUUAUCAGCCUUGGUAGUAAUAGUAUUCAUGGAUGACUGAAGUGGACGUCCAGAUUAGGCAUAACACAAUCUCGUCUUCUUUUGAUGCUGACUUUUGGUAGAGAUCUUGGAGGCUGAUACAUGGAUGUCAACACAUUCUUCUUCCAUUAGGUACUUCAAUGAGCAGAUUCACGAGUUUCCCUCAGGUUGCCAUUCUGCUUAAUCCAGAGGCUCUAGUGUGGUUUUUUUAUGUAGUUGGGGUUCAAAGAAGAAACUAAAAAACAUCACCAAGAGCCUUUUAUAUCUGCAUGCUUUGUCAAUGAAUUGUAACAAAAUAUGGUGCUUUUGGCAAAAAAAGGAGUGAAACUACUAUGAAUUUUAUUUGCAUGUAGCUUUAGUAUUUCUUUUUCAAGAUUUUAGUGCAAUACUUAACUGAGUAAAGAUGGCUUGUCUCCAGAGUCCUAACGGUUGUCAAGAUAGUGUUGAAAAUUAUCAGAAAAUGGAAAGUACUGAAAUGACCAAUGGGUGUAAUGGAGUUUCUUGUACACAAAGUGAUGCUACCUCAUCAGAAACAUCUGAUGCUACAUCCUUGGAUGGUGACCUCAGGUUUACAGUGCUUGACUGUGUAUUUCUUUUAUGGUGUCUAGGAACAUUUUUGUUUGACAUUGGUAGUGAUUUGGCAAUGUGUUUCUUGCAUUACCAUUAUGAGAACAUAUGGUAUUUUGGAUUAACUUUUACCUUUGUUAUUGUACCUGCUUUAACAAUGACAGGCUUCAGUCUUCGUUGGUAUUUGAUGGAUGAAAACCAAGCAUUGACAUCCGUGUCUCGUGUCCAAUGGUUUGUUCGAGUUGUUUUUCUUAUUCUGCAGUUGGCACCAGCAUUAAGAUAUAUUGAAACUCUGUGGUAUGGAUUCAAGGUGCGAGCUUCAUCGAGAAAAGAAGCUUUGAAAGAAGUAAGAGCUUAUUACUGUAAAAUGGUUUAUGAAAAUUCAAAUACAUCCAUGUUACGAUUGUUUGAAUGCUACAUGGAAUCUGCUCCACAACUGGUGCUACAGUUGUUCAUUCAGGCUAAGAGUUCAGACCCUCUUCAGUUGGAUUGGAAAACAGUUGCUUCCUGGGUUUCUAUUCUGCUUUCCCUGAUUUCUUUAACAACUUCUGUUGUUUCCUGCCACUUUAUAGUAUGUUAUUCCAUUUUUCCUGAUGAAAGUGCUUUGUUAAAGAUUGGAAAAGUAGGGAUGUUCUUUUGGAGAUUCUUUGUUAUUGCUUCACGUGUAGUUGCUCUCUCUCUUUUUGCAUCUUACAGUCCAGUAGCCUUUUUUAUUUUCUGUGUAAUACACUGGCUUGUUAUGACCCUAUGGAUAUUCUCAAUGAAGACAAACUUUUAUGAUAAUAAGUAUGAACAGUAUAUAUAUGAUGCUGUAAUUGGAGUUCAGUUCAUAUUUUGCUGUUGCAAUCCAGCAGGACAUGCCUACUCGAGUUAUAUACACAAUAUAUUACAUCAUAGCAUAUCUUGAAAACACUAUUCUCAUGUUCAUUUGGUAUGCACACUCAGAUCCUGAAGUAUGGUAUCGUAUGCUUGCUGUAUGUUUCCAUUUCACCAGUUUUCCAGUUGGAAUUAUGUUUAUGGU